AACCAUGAAAAAAAAACUACUUCCGCAUUUAACGGAAGCACGUAACCCGGAAGUUGUUGUGAUUCCGCGGGUCUUUUGGGACAACACAGCUCUACACAGCACAGUGUGCAGAAAUGGCGGGUGCAGCUGCUGUGGAGAAGAAACUGGCUGAGUACAAGUGCGACACCAAUGAAGCUAUAUGCUUGAAACUAGUUCGAUUUCCAGAGGAUCUUGAAGAUGACAGCACUACAUUUCACCCUGAGUACAGCCACCAAAGCUUUGGAGAUGAUGAGGUUGCGUUUGGAUAUAAAGGUCUUCAGAUUCAGCUCUUCUACACUGCUGGGAAUCUGAGCACCCUUUUCAAAGUGAAAUACUCUUCCAAAGUCAACGAGAAGUUUGAUUGUGUUGAGGCUGAUGACAUUGAAGGGAAGAUCAGAGAAAUCAUUCCUGCCGGGUUCACCUGCAACACCGACGACUUCAUCUCACUGUUGGAAAAAGAUGCCAACUUCAAGCCCUUCGGCACACUGCUCCACACGUACACAGUCCACAACGAGGAGGCCGGAGACCUCACAUACCAGAUUCACAAGGCCGACAUGACCUGUCCGGGAUUCCAAGAGUACCACGAGCGCCUGCAGACCUUCCUCAUGUGGUUCAUAGAGACUGCCAGUUUCAUCGACACAGACGAUGAUCGUUGGGACUUCUUUCUUCUAUUUGAAAAGUACAAUAAAGAUGGGGAGACUCUCUACGCAACUGUUGGCUACAUGACAGUUUAUAAUUACUACGUGUACCCAGACAAAACCCGACCACGUGUAAGCCAAAUGCUGAUCCUGCCACCAUUCCAAGGAGAGGGUCAUGGAGCUCAGCUUCUGGAGGCAGUGCACAGGUUUUACUGCAACCUACCUAAGGUGCAGGACAUCACAGCUGAAGACCCCUCUGAAAGCUAUGUGAAGCUGAGAGACUAUGUGCUGGUCAAGCUUUGCCAGAGCUUGACAUCUUUUGCUGCAGAUAAGCUACACCUUGGGUUUUCAGCGGAAAUGGCUGCAGAGGCUCAGGAGAAGUUGAAAAUUAACAAGAAACAUGCGAGGCGAGUGUAUGAAAUUUUGCGUCUGAAGGCCACAGACAUGAGUGAUGAAGAAAAGGCAAAAGCGUACCGUUUGGAGGUGAAGAAGAGGCUGUUUGGACCAUACAGGAAGAACCAGAGGGAGCUGACGAAGAUGAGGAAGUGCCUGAGGCCGGAGGAGCUGGUUUCCCACAUGGGUCAGAUGGACACUCAGGUGCAGCACGAGGAGCUGGAGAAGAGUUAUCAGGACCUCGUGGCAGAUUACAGGAGAACCAUCGAGAGGCUUGCGACACAGGCCUGAGCGGACUCUGCCCAGAACCCACCUACUCAACAUACAGGUGGUCUGAUCUGUGUACAAAGCCCACGUAACCACAGACUGAGAGGAAACUCUCCUAAUGUAACGAAAUCCGAUUUUGACUGAGGAGCGUUGCAGAUUUGUAGUAGCUCAGUCAGUGUAUCAGUGAUAGGUUGCAGUGAAGCCUGUCUGUUUCUCAGCUGAUGUUGAUACAGUAGAAAAGUGAGUAGAGCAGCCGGAGGGCCAGACUUCCUGUUUGACCCACGUCUUUAAUCACAUUAUGUGAGAGUCAGUGAUGUGUUAUAUUCACCAGUGAUAGGAGGUCCACACCCUUCUUCUCCUCUCCAUCAUGGACAUUUUUGAAGAUCUUUUGUCAAAACAGUUCCCACUGUGUGUUUUGAUGCACUUAUGAAAAUAAAUUGGUUUUGUAUAUUGCAAAA